UACCGAGGCGCUCUAUUGUUGAGAAUCAAGCUUGCUGGUUUUAAGAAUCCGCGGGGGAUGGCUGGUGGUCAUGCUUGGUUGGAUUGGAUUAAUUUGGAGUCUGUGGUACAAACCCAAAAGAAAACAUUAAAUGUCUGUUGAACUGAUUAUAACAUUAUGUCGAUCAAGCCAGCUAUCAUAGUCCAUGGUGGUGCAGGGACCUUCGGUAGUCAUGGUAGUAGUGGGUUUAAAGUCAAUGAUGUGUUGCUGAGUGGCGUUCAAGAUGCUGCAAAGGCAGGAUACAUUUAUCUCAUCAAUGAUGAGGAGACAGCUUCAGUUGUAGAUGCAGUGGAGGCGGCAGUUUGCUCCUUGGAAAAUAACCCUUUGUUCAAUGCAGGCACUGGUUCUGCGCUGACUGAAGAUGGCAAUGUGGAAAUGGAUGCAAUCAUCAUGGAAGGUCGCGAUCUCCGAUCUGGAGGGGUAACUUGCGUCACAAAUAUAAAGAAUCCAAUCAGUUUGGCUAGGCUGGUCAUGGACAAGACAGAACACAUUUUACUGGGUGGUAAAGGAGCAAAUGCAUUUGCAAGAACGAUGGGAGUUCCGGAAGUACCCACAGAAGAGUUGAUCACAGAGAAUCGGCUGAGAGCGCUGAAAACUCGUGCUGGAUACACACCCACUGUGAAGUUCAUGUACAAAGCUGAUACAUCAGGCAUGGAUAACCAUGACACAGUUGGCGCUGUUGCAGUUGAUGCCCAUGGCAAUGUAGCAUGUGCUACUUCAACAGGUGGUAUCUCAUCUCAAAUGGCUGGACGGAUCGGUGACUCACCACUAAUUGGUUGUGGCGCAUACUGUGACAAUGCUGUUGGUUCUGUAUCAACUACCGGACAUGGAGAAGCAAUUGCUAAAAUGACAUUAGCACGCCACGCCACCUUCCUAAUGGAACAAGGAAUGUCACCGCAGGCAGCACUAGAGAAAGCGCUUACUAGUAUGGCUGAAUGACUUCAGUCACAAGGUGGCGCCAUUGCAGUGAGUAAACUUGGGGAAGUUGGAUAUUAUUUCAACACUCAGGGCAUGUCAUGGGCUUCAAUACAGAAUGGCAGAAUACAUUAUGGGAUUAAUCCUGGCCAAGAUUUAGUUCAAACAUACUGAAAAAAUGGUGAGAGUUACUUUUCUUUUUGUGCCAAUUUUUAUUCUAUGAAGUAAUUUUUUACGACAGGAAAACUAAAUCCAAUAAUAAGAAACACUAACCACAGUCCUAUACUUCUUUGGUACUGGAAAUAUACAUUGGUUCAUUGAUACGAAAGUGACCAGUCUUAAAUAUGAAGAAAUGGAAUAUAAUUUGUUUUAAUUUGUUGGCGUCUUCUUAUAAUGUGCUUUGAAAUCAAUAAGAAGUUGGAAUUGUUAAAAAUGUACAAUGUGUCACUCUUAUUCUGAUAUUUGUUUUAUACUGCACAAACUGUAAUAUAUAAAUAUAUACUUAAGCAUUAUUAUAUCUGCUAUAUUUUAAGAGAGAUGAGAAAACAUUUUUGGUUGUUUUUUGCACUGAUGACGCAGGUAAACUGUCAAGUGGAUGUAAAACAGAAUUGCUUGUAGCUGGAUCAGUCUAACUUAAUUAAUAACAAGAUGUUGAACCUUAAGUUAAAGGAAUACAUUUUCUGGAAGUUGCAUCGAAAACUGUACCCAUGUGUGUUUUCUGCUUGCUUUUGUUGAUGCAACCACCCUGUCUAUAUCCUUUAAAAAAGGCCACCACUCCUGCUUUUUUGUCAGACAACAAUACCAAUAUAUGUAUCAGCAUUCUCCCUUGACAAUGGUCCGCUGGCCAAAUGCCAGUUAAAACGGAGGACAAGUCAGAACUCAGUUCAAAGUCACCUGGAAAUAAAAUUGUUUUCUUUCAAACACAAGAGUGUAUGGCUGUAUGCUAAUGAACAUUAAAACAAUUUUUUUAGUAGUUGUUUGUCACGAAUUGUCAAACCCUGAGUAUUUCCAAGCAUCAAGCAAACUAUGAUUAGCUGAUCCAUGGCAACAAGAGUGUGAUAUAAACUUAUAUUGAUCCCUUGCAUAAGGCGCAGUGCACUUACGCGCCUAUCUUGUCACCUAUUUUGGGAGUCAAAAUGUACAGUGCACAAGGAAUCAAUCCCAAAACGGUGGAAUGGAAGGGCAAGCAUUGUUUGGAGAUGCCCAUGUUGCGCAAGUUCUAUUGCAUUAUGGCCAACAUCAAACCCCGUUCUUUAUAAGUAGCUGUUGUAACUCUGUGUUAUGUGCUGUUUUAAGCUAUGUGUCAUGUUUGCUUAAAGGCAGUGGACACUAUUGGUAAUUACUCAAAAAAUUAUCAGCAUAAAACCCUGCUUGGUAACAAG